AUGCGAAUAAAUCGUUUCGACAUAGGGCCAGGUGGAGAUCAGACGGCCGCACAGUACGUCAAAUGCAGUCUCCAGAAGUUAUUGGAGACCGAGGAGCUCAUCGAGAACGACCCAAAAGUUCACUUGGAGGCGAUGGGCCUUUGGAAACAGUUUCACAAGUGCGGCACUGAAAUGAUCAUAACUAAGUCAGGACGGCGCAUGUUUCCACCGUUCAAAGUAAGAUGUACUGGAUUGGACAAAAAGGCUAAAUAUAUUUUGCUGAUGGAUAUUGUGGCGGCGGAUGAAUAUAGGUACAAAUUUUAUAACUCUCACUGGAUGGUGGCAGGAAAGGCGGACCCCGAAAUGCCAAAGCGAAUGUACAUUCACCCGGACAGUCCAGCAACAGGCGAACAAUGGAUGUCAAAAGUGGUCAAUUUCCACAAAAUGAAAUUGACAAACAACAUCUCUGACAAGCAUGGGUUUACAAUACUUAACUCAAUGCACAAAUACCAACCGAGAUUCCAUAUUGUGAGGGCCAAUGAUAUCCUGAAACUACCUUAUAGCACAUUUAGGACCUAUGUUUUCUCUGAAACGGAAUUCGUCGCUGUAACCGCAUACCAAAAUGAUAAGAUCACACAGCUGAAAAUUGAUAACAAUCCUUUUGCAAAGGGAUUCCGAGACACUGGAAACGGAAGAAGAGAAAAAAGGAAACAACUGGGAAUGCCUUCACAAAAGAAUUAUGAAAUUCUCAAAGGAGACAGGGCGUCUGAGUGUCAGACUGAAGAUUCAUUGAAAACCCAGAAAUCAACAGAGGACUACAAAAGUGAAAGCGAUCAGGACAGCAAGGAUGGAGGCGCCAUUGAAAAUGUCACUACCCCCAUCGAUGAACCAAAUUGUAAUCCACAUGUUACAAGGCAUGAUACAGUUCAUUCACGAAGGGACAUGUCAAGGACCGAUCAUUUAGAAGAUGGGCCUACAGAAAAGACUAACGUUUUAACUGGGGAAGAGCGUUCCCUCGAACCAGAGGACGCAAAGACAACGGACAUCUUCGAGCUUCCAACUGUGGAAAUUGAUCCAAGUGUUCAUUUACACAACGGUCUCUCGCCAUACUUUUCAUAUCCAACUGAUUUAACGAGACACUUCUAUCCAAUGAGUGUCACUCAACGCCUCCUACACCACGCGCACUUCGGGGCGAAGUUUGGCGCUGCAGGGAGAUCGAUGGACCAGGUAGUGGGGUCAUCUGGGAUGGCUGGCGAGAGUGCUAUCGCAUCUGUAAGAAUACCAGGAUUGCCGCUGACCAUUCAGCAACAUACUCUGCUUUCACAGAGUUUGACGGCAUCCCACCUUGGAGGGCUUUUUACCUAUCCAAACUCCUAUUUGACAGCCGCUGCUGUCACCAACGCACCAUCGAUUCCAACGGUCCACCCAGUGCGCGCUCAUGCCAGAUUCAGGCCCUAUUACAUUCAUGAAACUGUCGAAGACGACAACCUGAUCUCACCAGCAUCCACUCGCCCCUUGACCAACAUUGACUUAAAAUAUCGAAAUUCUUUGAUCAAUGUCCAACCGGGCAAUACGUUUGAAGUCAAGAGCGUGUCUUCGAUUUCGGGUUAUGGCCCAACGGCUUUACAAUAG